GAAACAACAACUUGGUAUGUUAAUUUAUUUCGUCUUAUCACUUGUUUGCAGACAUGGCAGACCGCGGCGAUAAUUUAUUUGGCGGUAUUAGACAAAUCGAUGGUGAAAACCGAGAGGAAGCAUUGGAUCUACUAAAGAAAACACUGGAGACUUUGGCCACUGGCGAAGGACCCAGUUUAAAGGUUGUAAAUGUAACAUCGGUAUCGUCACAAGUGGUUGCUGGCACACUAUAUCGCUAUAAGGUCCAACUUUCCCAGGAUGAUGAUAUUAAGGAGUCCUAUGUGGAGAUCUGGUCGCAACCGUGGCUGAAAGAAAAUGGCACCAAUAUAAAAAUCAAAUUUGAUGGCGAGGAAAAUAAUUCAGUUGAUAAAACAUUCUAAGAUUAAUUUGCAAAUGGCAUGAACACGUCACAUUAAAGCGUAUUAUUAAAAUUA